AUAAUAAUGAUGUUCGGGAAGGAGACGAGUUUAGUAAAAAUAAUAAGGUUCAGAAAGAUCCGGAAUGUAACUCGUGGCCAAUUACAUGCCUAAUUACCCAACUGGAACUAAAACAUGAACCAAUAUUGGACCUUUUCGACUAUUAUUAUGAAAAUAAGAUCCAAAUCGGGAUUGAGUAUCAUAUGGGAGAUUUAGAACAAGAGCAAAGGGAAUGGAGGAUAGAAACGCUGCUUGGGAAUUUAGAAUCUGCACGACAACAGGCGCGCAUUAAUGUUUUGUUGCAUAAAACCUCGUUAGAAACUUCUCAUAGUUCAAAAAUGAAGCAAAAGUUCUCAGACCCCUAUUAUGUUCAUAACGUUUAUGGUAAUGGCGCCUACAAAUUGAGAACAAUAAAUCAAGAUAACGAUAAGCAAACAAUGAUCAAGAGAGUCCUUAAAAAACCAGUCAAAAUUCAUCUCAUGGAUUCUUUUCUGAUUACCUCUAAGUUCCUAAAAUAUGUUCUCCAGCUCCGGAAACAGAUUAAAAACACACCGAUAGAAGAGAUCAGAAUAAUUAACAAAAUGCUUUCUUUCUACGAUAAUAACGACAAUCCUGUACCCUUCCAUUAUACGCCAGCAAUAACCACAGAACCACUAGAGCAGGCCAAGAUCUCCUUAUACCUUAGUGAUUUAUGGUCAAUCGACACCUCUGAUCAGAUAUUUGAGGUGGUAUCAGAUGGAACUUGGGAAGGGCAAAUUACAUAUCUUAGGGAUAAGAUUCGUAACAGUCGACCUGGCAAGAAUGCUAUGUUCCAAUACUAUUAUCUUCUUGGGGAAAGACUUGAAGAACAUUCUUGGAGUACUAAGACUAGACAGGUUAUCUGUAAGGAAUUCACUGAAAAUACUCAUCG